CUCUAUAGAUUUCACCGUCUCUCUGGAGUUUCCUUUCUCCAGAUUUUCUCGGCUUUUUCUCGAUUUUCUCACAGAAAUACAACAAUCACAGGAAUCAAUACAGAUUCCUACUUCUUCUUCUGAGUUCGUCCUCUCAGAUUCAGCUUCGACUUUUUGUUUGUUAAUCAAUCUGUCUCUCUCUCUCUCCACGCUUAUUUCCACACUUUUGUGCUGUGUCUAGAAAAAAAGAAACCUCGUUUUUGUCUGAAAUCAGAGGAAAAAAAAGAAAACCCCUUUAGUGGCUGGAAUUUUGACAUGGUGAUCUGAUUUGGGUUUUAAGGAUUCAUCUUGUAAUUUCUAUUGGUGGUUUGUUUAAAUUAUGGAGAAAGAUGAAGGAGAAAGCUGGAAAGAAAUGGUGAGAAAGAUGCUUCCUCCUGGAGCUCCAAUACCGGAAAACCAAUCGGAAUUCGAUUACUCCAUAGCCAUAGAGUACACCGGUCCUCCUCCGGUUCACGAAAUCCCUAGAGUUUCACCUGUUGAUGUGAACCCCCGACACAACAAUCCGAUCCCAUUGCCUGUCUCUCGUAUAGCAGAAGGAGUCAUCACAAGCUCUUCAGGUCAGAGCCCAAGGGGCUCACCAGCUAGCUCUGAGUCUGUGGUCUCUGUGUUGCAUAACAACCUCGAAUCAUCCUCUGGCUCAGCUUCUGUUUCACCAGUCUCUGCUCACAGACAAAACGGGAAUCAGAUCCGGAGACCAGUUGUGAAAUUCAAACCUGUUGAUGAUAAUGAUCGGAUUGAAAGCAAAGACGCUGAAGAAGAGGAGGAGGAGGAGGAGGAGGAGAACUAUGUGGAGGAGGCAGAGACGGAGAGGGAGAGGAAAGGUCAUGAGUGCACUAAGGGUACGAAUAUACAGAGGAAGAAGAAGAAGAAGAAGAAGAACAGAGAGUGUUAUCGAUGUGGAAAAGCGAAAUGGGAACAUAAGGAGACUUGUAUUGUGUGUGAUGAGAAGUACUGUGGAAACUGUGUUCUUAGAGCGAUGGGUUCGAUGCCUGAAGGGAGGAAGUGUGUGAGAUGCAUUGGUCAAGCUAUAGAUGAAUCGAAACGGUCUAAGUUAGGGAAACAGUCGAGGGUAUUGUCACGGUUGCUUAGUCCUUUGGAAGUUAAACAGAUAAUGAAGGCAGAAAAAGAGUGUAGAGCUAAUCAGCUUAGACCUGAGCAGCUGAUCGUGAAUGGGUAUCCGUUAAAGCCUGAGGAAAUGGCUGAGUUGCUCGGUUGUUCUUUGCCGCCGGAGAAGUUGAAACCUGGUAGAUAUUGGUACGACAAAGAAUCUGGUCUAUGGGGCAAGGAAGGAGAGAAACCUGACAGAGUCAUAAGCUCGAACUUGAACUUUACUGGGAAGUUAUGUCCACAAGCAAGCAAUGGGAACACGGAAGUUUAUAUUAAUGGCAGGGAGAUCACAAAGCUUGAACUAAGGAUCUUGAAGCUAGCAAAUGUACAAUGUCCACGAGAUACUCAUUUUUGGGUAUAUGAUGAUGGGCGUUAUGAGGAAGAAGGGCAGAAUAAUAUCCGAGGAAACAUUUGGGAGAAGGCAUCUACUAGGUUCAUGUGUGCGCUGUUUUCUUUACCUGUUCCUCACGGGCAACCUCGUGGAACGGCACAACCAUCGAGCACUUAUGUUACUGUUCCGAAUUAUCUAGAGCAUAAGAAGAUUCAGAAGCUUCUACUUCUUGGUAUCGAAGGGUCAGGAACUAGCACUAUAUUCAAACAGGCCAAGUUUUUGUAUGGGAACAAGUUUUCUGUGGAAGAGCUUCAAGAGAUUAAGCUGAUGGUACAGAGCAAUAUGUAUAGAUAUCUCAGUAUCUUACUCGAUGGAAGAGAACGGUUUGAAGAGGAAGCUUUAUCUCAUAUGAGAGGUUUAAACGCAGUUGAAGGAGAUUCAGGAGGCGAGGAAGCAAACGACACUUCUCCGCAGUGUGUCUAUACAUUGAACCCGAGGUUGAAACAUUUUUCGGACUGGCUUCUUGAUAUCAUAGCGACCGGUGAUCUCGACGCGUUUUUCCCAGCUGCAACGCGAGAAUACGCACCGUUGGUCGAAGAAGUCUGGAAAGAUCCUGCGAUUCAAGCCACAUAUAGACGAAAAGAUGAGCUGCAUUUCCUUCCUGAUGUCUCCGAAUACUUCUUGAGCCGGGCAAUGGAAGUGUCUAGCAACGAGUAUGAGCCAUCAGAGCGAGAUAUUGUAUUCGCAGAAGGUGUUACACAAGGAAAUGGAUUAGCUUUCAUGGAGUUUUCACUCAACGAACAAAGUCCAACGUCUGAAUCUUACCCUGAAAACCAGGACAUUAAUUCAUCACCUCCUCAGCCAAAGUACCAGCUGAUCCGUGUAAACGCGAAGGGGAUGAAUGAUAGCUGCAAAUGGGUGGAAAUGUUCGAAGAUGUAAGAGCAGUCAUCUUCUGCAUAAGCUUAAGCGAUUACGACCAGUUCAGCAUCACACCAGAGAGCAGCGGAACGGUGAGUUUCAAGAACAAGAUGAUUCAAAGCAAGGAGCUUUUCGAGGCGAUGGUUAAGCAUCCUUGCUUCAAAGACACGCCUUUUAUCUUGAUCUUAAACAAGUAUGAUCUUUUCGAGGAGAAGCUGAACCGUGCGCCGUUGACUUCUUGUGAUUGGUUCGGCGAUUUCUGUCCCGUGAGGACGAACAGCAACGUGCAGUCUCUGGCUUACCAAGCUUACUUCUACGUGGCUAUGAAGUUUAAGCUUCUUUACGCGUCUCUCACGGGUCAGAAACUGUUUGUGUGGCAAGCUCGGGCUAGAGACCGUGCGAAUGUUGAUGAAGGGUUUAAGUAUGUGAGAGAGGUUUUGAAAUGGGAUGAUGAGAAGGAAGAGAGUUACUUGAAUGGUGGAGAAGAUUCUUAUUAUAGUACGGAUAUGAGUUCUUCGCCGUAUGUUAGACCGGAGGAUUGAAAUAUGUAUAUCUCUCUCGGAAGAAACUCUUUGAGAUUGAUGAUUUGUUGUUUAUCUUUUUAAGUAGAGAGAUUUAUGUGGGAAGAAGAGAAAAAAGUUAAUUUUUUUAUUUGAAUGGAAUAAGGUUUUUUGUAAA